UGACGACUGCUUGUUAUUGUCGCCAUUUUGCGAAAACGGAUUGAGGAGUGUCGACCGAGUGUUUGGGGUUUUUCGCCUCUUCUUUUCUCCUUUUAUUCAGCCAAGUGAAAUUAACAAUGACCGCCACUAGCCCAACAUACGGUGGUAUGAAAACUAUUUCUGGUACUGGCGUUUUAGGCAAAAAUUCCAACAAUCUCUUCACUGAAAUCCACAAAAAAUGGGGCCUUCUUCCUGGAAACCAAGGACUAAACAACAUCGAACAGAGCUCACAGACGUCUGGCUCUUCUAUGACCCCGCUUGAAAGUGUCAGAAAAGAAGCUGAGGUGAUAGCCUUUGACAUUGUUCAAAACAUUGGACUAGAAAACCAGAGAAAAUCUCCCAACAGAUUCUGUAAAACAAUGAGGAAAACGGUGAAAGAAGUUUCGGAUAGACAUGACAUCGUUUUGAAAUCUAUGGUCAACAAGUUAAAUAUUGAUGAUGGGAACAUGUUUCAAACAUUUAUUCAUGUGGCUGAUGAAAUCUUCGAAGAUGGACAGAUAAACUGGGGAAGAAUAAUAGUUGUGUAUGCUUUUGCAGCAAGAUUGACUUCUCAUUUCCGAAAACAAAACACAAAUCAAGAUGACAAAAUAGCUCUAUUUGUUGGGAAAUAUGUUGGCAAUAAGUUGGGACGUUGGAUAUUAGAUAAUCAUGGAUGGGAAGGCUUUGCUGACUACUUCUCUGAUGAAAGCAAUGUUGAGGACAAAGUAUGGAAGGGCCUUUUGUACACCGCAACUCUGGGUGGACUAGGGGCAUUGGCAGCUAUCAUGGGCAGAUAGGGACCAGUCUACACCACCAUGUGCAAUCUCAUCCUUCUGUGUUUCUCAUCAUGUCUAAUUGACACUGCUUCUUUGUUUUAAUUUGUCUUUGUUCUAGUGAUUUAAAGUUUCCAGUUCUUUUUGUUUAAUAUGAAGCUUAAAUUCAUUUGGGAUCUUUCUGUAAGAUGCCACAUUUCAAAGACUUUUUUUGAAAAAGAAUGAUUCUGAAUAUAUAUUUUUCUUUAGAUGUUUUGAAAAAUAAGAGAGACAAUCUGCCUUGAAGUCCUCCACUGUUGUUUUAUUUGCAGGUACUAUUUCAUCCACAGGAACCAAUUUUUAAAUCUAAGUUGAAGAAAAUGUAUGAACAGAACUAACUAUGAUGAUGAGGUUUGAAAUGUUAGCGGCUUUGGGUUCAUUUACAUUUAAAAUUUGGUAUACCAGGUAAAUUGAAAUUUAUCAUUGAACUCUAUGUCUUUACUUCCUGAUGAUAACUUCAGCAUACCUUUAUUCAAUUUAAUACUGAUAGUUGAAACAAAUUAAAAUUUGACACUAUUAAGUUUUAUUAGCUAUUUGAUAUCAGAUGCAUUGUAUGAUAACAAAACAUAAUGAUAACCAAUCCGAUAUAAUCUUGAUUCAUAGUCAGUAUUUAAUUUCCUUCUUUCGUCACGCAGAAAUCAGCAAAUUGGGAGCAAACAUCAUCUGAUCUUAAUGUGCCAUCUUAAUGUGCCAUUUUACUUAAGUGAUGGCUUUAACCUUAUGUUUUGAAAUUUGAUAAAAAAGUACCUUUCUUUCUCACAGUUGUUGGAGAGCAAAACAUUGUAUCAUACAAUUCAGGAUUGCAUUCUAUACACUAGUAUACUGUAUACACUAAAACAUACAAAAUAUGAUUAAGCACACACACACACACACACUUACAUAUAUAUGGAGAGGUAUAAACACAGGUUUUUACCUUAUUUAACGACCAUUAACCAUAGCCAUUUAGCGGCCCCAAUCCCCUUGGAAAAUAAGCUUUGUUUUCCCCCUAAAAUAUAAAUUUCCCUUCAGUAUUUUUAAUUAAAAAAGAUAUAUAAAUAACAAGAAUCUCAUUUCAUAAAAUGAUGUUUCUGAGGGACAUAAUUACUGCUUUAUUGAUAUUUAUCCAUUUGUCCUCAUAAUGUUUGAAAAAGGACUUGUACUUUGAGAAUGUUACCCCAAAACUGAAAAAAUGGGGUUUUCCCUCACAAGAAAAACACCCAUAACUGGUUAAACACACUAAAAAUGUUUGCACAUUAAAAGUUAAACAAGCACAUUAUACACAAAAAAAUCCCGUUUUACUAAAAUGCCACAAUUUCCCCCCUUUUCAAAGGCCCCAGACCCCUCCGUUCCCCCUUUUCAGAAAAAAAACCUGAAACAUCAUUUAUAUGUAAACAAGUUGGAAUAUUUACAGCUAAAGCACUAAGUAAUCAAUUUGAAAUAAAAACUUCAUUUACAAGAGCCAGGGUGGGUCGCACUGAAAACAAAAUUUAAGGGAAUUUUUAAAAAAUUUGCCUCUUACAAAAUACUAUUUUCAUUUAUAAGCCAGCAUGUUAUGCAGUAUAUUGUAAUUAGAAGCAAAGCUGAUGUAACUUCCUGAAGAAAGUUGAAGAAAGUAGAGCAGUACAAAAUAUAAGAAAAACAAAUCUUGUUACCGGUAUGGAACUAAUGACUUUUAAGUAUAUCCAGUUGAUGUUUGUCAAUUUCUAAAUGCCUGUAAAUAUUAUUAUUUUCAUGUUAAUGCUUGAUUAACCUUUUCUUUGCAAUAUUAUUUUUGAGUUUAUUUCUUCUGAUACAGGCAAUAUGUAAAUAAACUGAUUCUGACACGA